UUCCGCCAAUACACGUCGACAUGCCUCUCGGUGCCAUAAGGACGGUCGCAAAGGCCCAGAACGGCGUCGGCGCCUUCAUCCUGCCCUGCAAAUCCCUCUCCUUCCACUACUGCAACUGGUGGGGUUCCUCGCGGGGGAUGAACUCGUUCCUGAAGACAUCCCUCCCCGUCUUCGCAUCACGCAACCCAGGCAUCGAAAUCUCCGUCUCGCCACGGCCCCAGAAACACCCCGUCAUCAUCGCUACGUACAUGAACGGCGCGCAGCGCAGCAUCUGCGUCAAGAACCUACAGCUCGAGGGCGUACGGGAGAAGGCCAAUAUGCUGCGCGACUCGAGUGGGGAGAAGAACAGGAAGACGGGCAGGCCUGUGACGAGUUUGAAUGAGAGUGUGAGGGGUAUUUGGAGUCCGUUUCAUGGCGCCAAGGUGCAGUUAUAGGUGUUUGGAUGGUGGGAGAAGGGGGAAGAAAUGGCAUUGAGAGCGAGGCAGAGACACGGCUACAUAAAUGACAUUGGGGACGUGAAGAGAUUCAGAGGGUUUUCCUGCUUGGUGGGAAAAGAGAGGCAUAGCUGGAUGGCGUACACUGAAUUGGGAUAUGUACAGCAAAUGUACAACAC